AUGGUCAUACCAAUCCCCGCCCUGCCACGAGAUAAUGCUGAACCUACUGAUUUCGCCAAGGAAGCACGACCAGUGAUGGUUAUCCUUAUAGUUCUACAACUGACAUUGGGCUCUUGUCGGCUAUAUACAUUGGAUAUCUUUGGUGGUGUAUGGACCAUUGUAUUAGCAUGCUUUGGUAUAUGGGCUUAUGCCGGGAGUAGAGGACCUUAUAUGAAUGACGUCAUGUUCUGGGGCCUCCUCACGUUUUUCUGUAUGUGGAUAUUCGAUCUUAUCAUGUUCCUAGAAAGGGUAUUUAAGAAUCAUACACCGCUAUUUAUAAGCAGCUCUCCAAAUGAAGGCAGUUCCUUCAACUUUACAGCCUUCCAAGGUCUCAUAGGGCAUAGGGGAACUCGAAUGAUAGUGUUUGGGUCAGGUAGAGAUAUAGCCCAGUCGCCAUGGUUGGAGAUAACAUGUGAGGAAGAUAUCUAUGCUGCUCCUGUAGAGCAUGCACUAUUCGGAGGGGACGAGCAUCUUAAGGCACAUACUAGCGGUCAUUCCCUCCCCAAUGGUCUAACCCAACGUGACAGACUGGACUCACUCGUAAAGACCUAUGCAGCGAUGGUGAGGGCCUUCGAGGAAGUAGGCUUGGAUGUAUUCCUCGAAUCAAGCUGCCUCAUAGGGUACGUCCGUCAUAAUGGCAACCCCAUACCAUGGGAUAUGGAUAUUGAUAUAGGUUUGCUCCAAGAUGACUGUCGUAGAGUAUUCCCUGGGGGUAAUGCCGAGAUGUAUCAUAGGAUAUCGGCAUUACUAGGGCCAGAAUAUUCAGUGGAUAAGAUGGGAUGCGACUGUGGGGAUAGCUGUGAAGGGGAUGAUGGCAGGAUGGUUGGACAUGUUGCGGACAAGGUGACAGGAUUCGGUGUUGAUAUAUUCUCCUAUGCUACGGUUACACCCGAUGACCUACGUCCUUGGCAACAGCAGGAUGGUGGCCGAUGGCUAGAGAGGGUAAAAGACCGAGAUGACUACACCUUCCCAGAGGAGGCUUUACUCCCCCUCCAGAGAGCAACAUUCGCCGGUUUUCUCAUCAUGCAUCGAGACCCUACCCCUAUCGUAGCUGCCCUUUCUACAGUACUAUUGAGCACCUUGGGAGCACUCGGGAUUAAUAGCUAUGUCCCCAAUGCCUAUAUGGAUGAGAUAUUCCACGUCCCUCAAACACAGGCGUACUGCUCGGGUCACUUGAAAGAGUGGGACGACCACAUCACAACCCUCCCUGGGCUGUACUUCUGGGCUGCUGUUGACAUGCACCGUCUGCUGGCCGUGAUCGCAUCCCUGUGGACGUAUAUUCUGACGGCUCUCGGAUUCAUCGCUUUCCUCCUCUAUAAUGGAUCAAUAGUCGUGGGACAUAAGGAGAAUCAUGUGGCUUCAUGGCAUUGGGCACAGAUACCAUACCUCAUCCUAACAGUCACUUUCUUCAUGGGACCUCUAGGCUGGUUGAGUACGAUACGAUCUGUCAUUAACGGCGGCCCUCUGAGACCUAUAAUGGAUACUGGGGUUAUGACCGUAUCCUAUCUCAUGCUACGCUUCGGGACUAUCGUCCAUCCUUUCCUACUCGCUGACAAUCGCCACUUCACAUUCUAUUUAUGGAGACAUCUACUUCGUCACUCCACAUUUAGAAUUGGUGUACUACCGCUUGCAGUUAUGGUCAUUGUCCGAGGAAUCGGCAACUCAGGAUGGGCAGUACGCUUCUUCCAUAAGACCGAGAAUAAGAUUGCGGCCGUAGUAUUCGCCUUAUGUUGCGUAUUGGCCCUAGUGCCGUCUCCCUUACUGGAACUGCGAUACUUCAACAUUCCCGCGCUAGGAGUAUUGCUCGUGUAUGUAGACUGUGAGGAUAAUGCGACCAAGCUCUGUGCUACUGCUGCUUGGAUGGCGCUGAUUAACACAUUCGAUAACCAGCGAAAGGAUUAUAAAGACACAUUCCGGGAGGGUGAGUUCGACGUAUGA